AUGGAACCAAUUCCUUCACAACCAGAUGUUGUUUCAAAAAGGACUAAAUUAGCUUAUAGUGUUGGACAUGUACUUAAUGAUCUAAGUGCAUCGAUGUGGUUUUCUUACCUACUUGUUUUCUAUCAUCGUAUUGUGAUGUUUUCUAAUGCAUUUGCUGGUUAUUUACUUUUAAUUGGACAAGUAGCUGAUGCUAUAGCAACAACAUUUGUCGGUUUUGAAUCUGAUCGAACACGUACCGGUUUAUUUAAAUAUGGUAGAAGAAAAACUUGGCAUCUUAUGGGUGUUAUUUGUGUACUUUUAUCAUUUCCAUUUUGUUUUAAUUUAUGUGUUGGAUGUCGAUAUAGUGAUUUAUGGGCACAAUUUAUUUAUUAUGCAAUGUUUAUUAUUAUUUUUCAAUUUGGUUGGUCAUGUUCACAAAUAACACAUUUAGCAAUGAUUAAUGAAUUAACACAUAAAGAAGGUGAACGUGUUGCACUUAAUUCAUAUCGUUAUGCUUGUACAGUGUCAGCAAAUAUAUUUAUUUAUGCUAUGGCUAGUGUUUUAUUGGGUGUUCAUUCAAGUGAUGAUAAAACAGAUAUAACACCAGGUGAUGCACAUAUAUUUCAAACAUUAACAUUUAUUGUUGUUGGUAUUGGUCUUAUUUGUAUGAUUAUAUUUCAUCUUGGUAUAAAAGAAUCAAUAUUACCAGCAGAAGAAACAGAAUAUCGUUUACAAUUAUCAUUAACUUCAAGUGGAAAAUUAAAACGAAUGACAUGGAAAAGUUUUUUACGUGAAAAAGAAUUUUAUCAAUGUGCACUUAUUUGGAUGUUUACACGUGUUAUUCUUAAUGUUACACAGGUAUUUUUACCAUUGUAUAUAAUAGAUACAAUUUCAAAACUUAAUCGAAUUUAUGUUGCUAUUGCACCAUUAUGUUCUUAUAUAAGUGGUUUACUUGCAUCUUUUCCUAUGCGUGCAAUAAAUAAACAUUUAGGUCGAAAAGUAACAAUGAUACUUGGUUUGAUAUUUACUCUUGCUAGUACAUUCUUAUUUUGGUUUAUUUUUGAAUUAAAACCUAUUAUGAGAGUUGAAAUAACAUUAAUAAUUGCUUGUGUUUUACUUGGUAUUGGUACAUCAACAACAAAUAUAUGUUCAUUUUCGCUUACAUCAGAUUUAAUUGGUUUAAAUACUGAAUGUGGAGCAUUUGUUUAUGGAAUAAUGUCUUUUGCAGAUAAACUUGCAAAUGGUAUAGCUAUUGCUACAAUUCAACAAAUGAAUCCAUGUACAGCUGAUGCAACAACACAAUGUGAAUUAUAUUAUAGACAAAUAUUAUCAUUUAUACCAGGUGGAGUUGCUAUUAUUACUAUUCUAAUGGUAAUAAGUCUAUGGAAAACGAAUAUUGGUGGAAAUCGUCAUGAAAUAAUAACACCAGAACGAACUCGUUUAGUACCAAUAGAGAAUCAUGUUAAUGAUAGUGAAUGUGAUGAACAAGCACCAAUGAUAGCUUAA